AGAGAAGAUGGAAUGCCUCUAUGUAAAAUUGUAGAUACGUUCCAAAUUAAGAAGCAGCAGCAGCUUCUCCGGCCUAGAGCUUCUUCUUCUUUUCUUGUUUUCUGUAACUGUGGUUUCUCAAGGUUUGAGAUUAAGGCAGAUAUGGACUGCUCCGUCUGUACUACAAUGCCAGUUCAAUUACGGCCUCCAAGAAAUACGAUAUGCGGGACAUGUUUUGAGGGAGCUAGAAGCCUUAUCUCCUUCGUAAACAAGCUCGAAGCUGCUCAAGGAAUUGACAGAGCAAAUUUGUGCAAGAAUUUGAUGAAUGUGUCAACAUGGGUGCUUGAUAUGAAAGACUCGGCACAAGAACUCGAUGAGAAAAUUAAGUUCCUAAGCGGGCUUGUUGUUGCAUUUAGAAACCAAAUCCACACCGACAUACAAAUUCGUUCCGGUGAAAACAGACCUCCAAUACCUGCACACAGAGCGUUAUUGGCAAUUCGAUCGGAAAUCUUUAGCAACAUGCUGGACUCAGACGGAUGCAAAGCUCCACCUAUCGACGACACCAUAACAUUGCCGGAGUUGAAUCACGAAGAGCUCGAGUCUUUCUUGGAACUCCUCUAUAGUGGUGACUUGACUGAAGAAACGAUGAGCAAGCAUGUCUACUCAUUAUCCCUUGCAGCUGAUAAGUACGGAAUAUCAUACUUACAAAAGCUCUGUGAACGCUACAUGCACAAGUCUUUGAGUUCUUCGAAUGCUCUCGAUGUUUUAGAGGUCGCGGAUACUUGUUCCUUUUUAACGUUGAAGGAGAAUGCCUUGAACUACAUUGUCAAAAACAUGCAGGAGAUCGUGUUUUCUGCCAAGUAUGAUACAUUUGCACUUAAAAAUCCGCACUUAAGCGUGCAAAUUACAAGGGCGUCAUUGAUGGAUGCUAAAAGAAAUUGUGUGGGUUAGUGUAUAGCC